GUCAUUGCGAUUUGAUUGACCUGCUUCCACCCCAUCGGCACUAGUUCAAACAACCGCCGACUAGUGCAAGGGUUUCUGCAGUCUGGCCGGCUUGUCACGACCGCGCACACACCACCCACGCACCACACAGUAACCCUCCCUUGCCUCACACCGCAGGCGAAAGAGCAUCGCCAUUCCCUUCGUUUCUUCCCCUGUGGCGCCACUGAGCCUGUCAUCCCGUUCAGACCUGCUCGUAUUUGCCAUCGCUAUUGUGGCCACUGUUGACCCGCAAUGGCUUCCAAGUUCCUUCGGGAAUACAAGCUCGUGGUGGUGGGAGGCGGUGGUGUGGGGAAGAGUUGUUUGACCAUCCAGCUCAUUCAGUCACAUUUCGUGGCAUUGCAGGACGAGUACGACCCAACAAUCGAGGACUCAUACCGCAAGCAAUGCGUCAUCGACGACGAGGUCGCGCUACUGGACGUGCUCGACACCGCCGGCCAAGAAGAGUACUCUGCGAUGCGCGAGCAAUACAUGCGCACGGGUGAAGGCUUCCUAUUAGUCUACAGCAUAACAUCGCGGCAAAGCUUCGAGGAGAUCAGCACAUUCCAGCAGCAAAUACUGCGCGUCAAGGACAAGGAUUACUUUCCGAUCAUCGUGGUGGGCAACAAAUGCGACCUGGAGCACGAGCGGCAAGUGAGUACAGAAGAAGGCAAAGCCCUCGCGCGCUCAUUCGGGUGCAAGUUCAUCGAGACGUCGGCGAAAUCGCGCAUCAACGUGGACAACGCCUUCUACGACAUCGUGCGCGAGAUUCGAAAGUACAACAAGGACAUGUCUGGAUACCCCAGUGGCAGCACGCAAGCGAAGGGCGGCCCGCACGAUAAGAUGGAGAUGGAUGGGCAAGAGCAGGACGCAGGCUGCUGCAAGUGCACGGUCAUGUAAAGAAUACCACAUAUGCGAUCAGAAAGCGCGCGUACACGACAGCAUUGCGCUAUGAGCUUGCAUUGGGUAUCUGCGAUCGCGACGGACGAAAAAGGAAGCUACCACAGCAGAGACCAGGCCU